AAGUGAUAAUUCCCUUUUCAGUAUCGUCAUUCAUCUUGUUAGGUUAAGUUAUUAUAAUGUCGUGUGCAAUGAACAGGAUGCAGUACAUACAAUGCAAUUAUUUAUUAUGGAUUUGUUUCAGAAAAAUCCGUAAUAAUUCCAAAUAAUCCCAAAUGCAUCGUACACCUAAUCAGUCUCCUCUCCCCUCGUGUCGAAACAAAAGAUCAAAUAAUCCCUUAGCGCCAAUUCACUCAAGUCCGGUUAUGAACUGACAAUCGGCAGGGUGGCCAACAUCCUAACCUAAUAGAUAGUUCUCGAUUCAGUAUCCGGCGUGUCUAUUGCGCAUGUGAUAGUGCGCAUGUGACGUAUGUAUCGUGUUGAUACCUGUUGCUAUUUGUAUUGUGAUGUUGCACGUAUAAAAACAGCGACAACAAUAGGUUUGUUCUUUUUCGCUGCACUUCUGAACUAGUGCAAUAAGUUAGAGUAAAAGAAAAUAUAUUUAUUUCACUCUAAUUUAUUAGAGAUAUUAUAUACUAUUCUACAUUUUUAUUUAGUUUAUUUUAGAUUAGUUUAAUUUGUGCAACUUAAAUUUCGCAUCGCUUAGCUGUAGAAUGUACCAAAUAUUUUGGUAUAUCUACAGAAUUUAAAUAAAAUAAUACAAAAAAUAUAAAAUACAAAAAAAUAGAUGUAAUAUGAAAUUUUACCAUAUUAUCAUAAAAAGUCAUCAGAAAGUAAAAAGAACGUAGAAAUUGCCUGAGUGUGUAAUAACGUAGAAGUUGUCCUAUAUUUACUUAAUCUAAUUGUAAGAGAAAUAAUUUUCCCUUCAUUUAUCUCUUUGAUCAAUUUAGAUGUUUCAUUAACGAAGUCAAUUCUUAAUUGAUCAAAAACAUCUUUAACUAAAAAGAGCAGAACUUUGAAUGUUCUUACAUGUAUAAUUAUUUGGAACCUGAGAUUAUAGAUAUUUUCAAUUAAAUCGUUUUAGUAAUGUCCUUUAAUUAAUUAAUUUUUAUUUCGUUUUAUAUAUUUUCGCAAAUAAUAUCUCGCUACUAAUAGAAAUUUAAAUUAUUAGAAUGGAUUUGAUGUUUAAUUUUCGAGAAUAAUUCAAACAGUUGUAUUUUGUGCUGUACAUUCAAUUAUUAACUAUAAUUUGAUGAAGUUUUGUUGAGUCAUAAUACGAUCGAUGCAUUAUCAUAAUGAUAAUGCUCACACUAUUCAAAACUCCACUCCUUUGUUGUUGCAACAUAUAAGAGCGACCAUUUCAGAGUAACUUGAUAUAUUACAGGUACUUGUUAACGAUUUCAUCAAGGGAAUACGUCAAUUAAUUCUAAUUUAGAUAAUAGCAUUGUCCUUGGAUUAUAACUAAGUUACAAUCAACAUUACAUUCGUUACGCUUACGCCUUUCAUGGUAAACUAUAUCAGUGUUUCUCAGAAUAUACAUAGUGCUUUUCAAAAUUUCCUUAAACCAUGCAAUAUUAUUUCCAAACUAAAUUUUAUGUACUGUAUUUUAAUUGUCAAGAAUAAUAUAUAAAUCAUGAUCAUUUACGCAAAUUAAACACAAAUAUAUAUAUAUAUAUAUCGAUAUUUAAGUAUUCCUACCGACAUCUAUCAUUUGUGUUUAAUUUGCAUGAAUAAUCAUGAUUAAUUAUAAAUUAUUAUGUAUAUAUAUAUAGCAUAUCGCGCUUUGUGCACGAUCUAGAUACGCAAGAGAUGGGUCAUAUGUCACAGCAAUUACACAUCAUUACUUUAUUACUCCUUGCAUCCCAGGGGUGAUAAGUGCCGAUCGAAGAACGCCAUGGUUACUUCAUGGCUAACAAAUGAUCCCUACGUCCUGUCUUACUAUUUGGCACAAGAAGUUGCUCGCAGUUUUAAACCCGAACUCGUCGGGACUAGAUAGAUUACGUAGAAUCCAUGUGGGGUCACAUAUUUAUCAGAUUGGUCAAAUAGAAGAAACUUGAACAUUACAGACUUAGAAAAGAAACAAUCAUGUUCUCAACUAUUAUUGCUAAUGUGCAUUGAUGAAGUGAUCAGUAAUUUUUAGAUUGUAAUCUAUGAUUUAGAUCGUUCUUCUCUCAUAUCGCCUCGCUAAUCAUGUUCCGUCCACUGUCGAAGUUCCAAGGGCGAGCCAAGAGUAAAGUGCGAAAGAGAUGGCGGUUAUUCCACGCUACGGAUUUUCAAUCCUUGAUGUAUCCUUGCUUCAUCUUCUGUAUCAUUCUCGGUGUGUUUCCAUACAGAAUCAACGCUUCGACUUUUGAAAGUUCUAGGAUACGUUUCAUCCUAUCGAUCACCGCUGGCUCCCUCUUCUGCAGUUAUGGACUGGUGAUAUUUUAUCAGAGCAACAUUGGGAAAAUCAUCGCGUCCAACAGUGUGCCUGAGACUCUUCAGGGUAACUGCUACUUUCUGCUCGGCAGUUUUAUAGUGAUUGUCACGUACAUCCUGACCAAACAGCGAAUGCGAUUACUUCAAAGUGUACUGGACGUCUCUUCGAGGCUGCCGGCGGAAUCAUUUCAGAAGCUAUCCAGGCUAAUCCAUGCCAAGGAUAUUAUCGGCUUUCUCUUCUUAUUCGGACAAAUACCAAACUGUUUCGCCGCCUCCCUUCCUGACACUUUCGCCAAAUUUUACACAAUGUACGUCACCCUGCUGAUAUUUCAGAUGGAUAUGUUAUACAUGAAUUGCGUUUGCGUGCUGAAGGCCUGUUUCAAGAGGAUCAAUGAUAAUCUGGCGAGUAUGCGGGAACUCGUAAUGAACGAUGAGCCACAUCUCCUCAGACGCAUUUAUCAUGAGCAAAGAAAUCCGUUUCUCCUGAUGGAGCUCAAGGCUCUGAAGAAGCGGCAUCUAAUGAUCAGCGACACCGUGCAAUUGUUGAAUAUACUUUUCAGUCUGCAGCUUCUCGCCACCAUAGUCUUGACCUUCGCCGAAAUCACGUUCAGCCUGUAUUUCUUCAUAAUGCAGUGCUUUGGCAACAAAUUAACCGGCAAUUUAAAUAAACAGAUUUGGUACACGGAUUUUGGUACGUCUAUAAUAUACUAUGCUGCAAAAAUAGCAUUGAUGGUGUGGGCUUGCGAGACCGGCAAGGAUCAGGCACUGAAGAUCGGCACCACUAUUCACGAUGUUCUUAUCAGCACCAGCGAUAAACAGAUUAAAGACGAGCUGCAGUUGUUUUCCUUGCAAAUACUGCAUCGCGAAAAUACAUUCUCUGCAAAGGGCCUUACUGUGGAUGCGACUCUUCUCACUGCAAUAGUGGGUAGCAUCACUACAUAUUUGUUAAUCUUAAUUCAAUUUAUGUUUACGUCACUUUCUUGCGAGGCAAAAAGUAAUAUUACGCAAGCUUUAUAAUUAAGUGUGCAUAAUUCAACAAGGGAAAGAAAAUGCUUUCAAAAUUCAAAAUAUUCUACUUUUCGUUACGAAACAUUAUCAUCUGAUAUUUUGUAUAUUAUACAAAAAGAACCUUAAAGACAUCUAUAUCAUAUAUAACUUAUUUUGCAAAUAAGUCUUUAAUGUAUCUCGUUGGAUAUAGUUAAGUGCACUGUGUGAGAUGUAUAAAUAAAUACAUUUAAAAAAAUA